GCCUCCCCACUUCCUUCUCGGAGCGUUGUGGAAGAGAGUGUUUUCUUCAGGGUAUUAAGCUGAGAAUACAGAGGAGGAGAGGCUCAGACCUUUACCUCACUGCCUCAUUCUCCCUUCCAUGUGAAUAUUCUGCAACGUUUCCUUCAUCCUGCCGCACUUCUCACCUGGCCAGCGCUGUCCGGACCAUGUCCGCUAAGCUCCUGCCGGUUUUCUUCCUCCUCUCAGUGUUCCACGCUUGUUCUAGAAAGGUUGAAGAGGAUGAAUAUGAAGAUGGAACAACUAACCAAAAAUGGGUUUUAGCUCCAAAAACACAAGACACAGAUGUGACUCUCAUACUAAACAAGCUGUUGAGAGAGUAUGACAAAAAGCUGCGGCCAGAUAUUGGAAUAAAACCAACAGUUAUUGAUGUUGAUAUUUAUGUCAACAGCAUUGGUCCUGUAUCAUCAAUAAAUAUGGAAUAUCAAAUUGAUAUAUUUUUUGCCCAGACAUGGACAGACAGCCGUCUUCGCUUCAACAGCACCAUGAAAAUACUGACUCUGAACAGCAACAUGGUUGGCUUGAUCUGGAUCCCAGACACGAUAUUUCGUAACUCAAAGACAGCAGAGGCGCACUGGAUCACCACCCCCAACCAGCUCCUCCGCAUAUGGAAUGAUGGCAAGAUCUUGUACACCCUCAGGCUUACCAUCAAUGCUGAGUGCCAGCUGCAGCUACACAACUUCCCCAUGGAUGAACACUCAUGUCCUCUGAUAUUCUCCAGCUAUGGCUAUCCUAAAGAGGAAAUGAUUUACAGAUGGAGGAAAAAUUCAGUGGAGGCUGCUGAUCAGAAAUCUUGGAGACUCUAUCAGUUUGACUUUAUGGGUCUUAGAAAUACUUCAGAAAUUGUGAAAACCUCUGCAGGUGAUUAUGUAGUCAUGACUAUAUACUUCGACUUAAGUAGAAGAAUGGGAUACUUUACUAUACAAACAUACAUUCCCUGUAUAUUAACAGUUGUUCUUUCCUGGGUAUCCUUUUGGAUCAAAAAAGAUGCCACACCAGCAAGAACAGCCUUAGGCAUCACCACAGUAUUGACCAUGACUACUUUGAGUACCAUCGCAAGAAAGUCAUUGCCCCGUGUUUCCUACGUCACUGCCAUGGAUUUGUUUGUGACUGUAUGCUUUCUAUUUGUCUUUGCUGCUCUGAUGGAGUAUGCCACCCUCAACUACUACUCAAGUUGCAGGAAACCAAACUGUACUAAGAAGAAAAAGUCGCUACCUGAUGUAAGUUUUGGUCAUGUAAUGAAUUAUUCUGUACUUGAUAUGAGACCACCAACUACAGUCAUCACACUGAACAAUACCAUGUAUUGGCAAGAUUUUGAAGAUGCAUGUGUCUACGAAUGUCUGGAUGGGAAAGACUGUCAGAGCUUUUUCUGUUGUUAUGAAGAGUGUAAAUCAGGCUCAUGGAGGAGAGGACGGAUUCACAUAGACAUCUUAGAACUGGACUCUUACUCUAGGGUCUUUUUUCCUACAUCUUUCCUGCUGUUUAACCUGGUCUACUGGGUUGGAUACCUCUAUCUUUAAAUGUUGCCUGUAGCAGUGAAGACUGCUGCGUUUUCUCACUGCGGAUGGAUGGUGAAAGUGCAGAAAAAGUGAAGGACACAGUUUCAUCUCAGAUUAUAAAGACCACAUUAACCUUCACCAUCACAGAGCCUGAUGAAGAAUUUUAACAUGUAAUUUCCUGAAAAAGCAAAACACAGAAGAAUUCUCUCCUAACUGCUAUUUGUUUUAAGAAAAAGGUUCUUACAAAGUUCAGCUGAAUUUGUAGUGUAAGCGAUGUUUAUGAAUAAUUAUUGUAUAUUAAAAUCUCUACUAUUGUCCCUUGCCAUAGAAUAUAUUCACAAUUCAGGCAAAGUUUAAGUAUGUAAUUUUUAUUUUUCAUUCCCAUACUUUCUUCACAAUGCUGCCAUGUCCCUAAGGCUCAGAGCAAUGUACAUUGACACUAGCAAAUAAGCCAAAGCCAAUGAAAAUGCUCAUUUGUAUUUAAAUUUGCUUGAUACCAUAGGUUGUGGGAAAUUGAUGAUCUCCUUGAUAUAGGGUAGCCAGCAAGAGACAAUAAGAAAUGUCUGGUAGGAUCAAAACCUGGAUGGAUGCUACUUUCUGAAAGGCCUGGGAUUUAUGGAAUUUUCCACUUACCCCCACAUAUUGGUUUUAACUUAAAGGUGAAAAGGCAGACAGAGAAGAAAGCUAUAAUUUUGAUAUAAAUAAGACUUGCCUAUCUGUGAGGCAGCUGUAGGCAUAACUUCUACACAUUUUCAAGCUUUUAACUGUGUUUUUUAUGACUCAUUAAACACAGAAUGGUCGUUGACUCCUAAAGUACUAUACUUGAAGCAGGACAAGAUUCCUGCUUGUUUGUGUCAUUGUAGCAGUUCACAGUGCAUAGCCCAUAAGUAAAAAUCACUAUAAUAUCACCAGGAAUAUGUGGCUUUCUUCGGAUUUCAAUCUGCUGAAAAGUGUGCCAAUGCAUUCUUAUUUUUUCUCUCAAAGAUGUAUUAUAAAAUUGAAAAACAUGUGUGCCAAAGGCCUUUUGUUCUUUUUGUAACAUUAAGCACUGCAAUAUUUACUCAUACUAGUUGUUCCCUGGGCCUGAGCUAAAGACUGAACACUUGUUUGAAUAGUGCAUUAUAGGAACUCAAUUGUGACACUUGGAUUAAGCAUGAAGUAGUUGCCACAUACAGAAAGAGGGUCUUUUCAUUCUUUUCCAAAAUUUCCAACUAUAUUUUACACUAAAAAAGAAUUUUGUAUUUUUCAAGGUUUUGAUCAUUCAACCCAUUUUUUCAAAAGCUAGUUUUACAGUAUUAGAAUAAGUGAUGUCUUUUACAGACUGUCUACAUAGUUGUUAUUAAGCAAACAAACCACAUCCAUAAUUAAAUAGCAAUAGCUUUUCACUACCCUUUGCAUGACAAAUUGUUACAAAAGAUUGAAGUCAAAAGAUAAUUAAAACAACAAUUCUAUUUCUUUUCUCUUUUGGAGAUAAUUUUUUAUGAACUCAAAAAAUAUGUCUCUUUCAGGCAGUAUUUGAUGAAAAAAUGAAUAGUGGAUGUGACUAGAAAGGAGUUCCUUUUUCCUCCAAAGGAAAACCCUGCAAACAAGCAAAAACUAAUGCAAUGAUAAUUCUAAAGGAACAGAA